UUCACAUGCACUUGCAUGCAAGUGAUGAUUGAUUUAGAGGUUAUAGAAUAUUUUUUAAAUAAUAUUUAUAUAAAAAUUAAGUAAUUAAUUAUGGGAUUUAAUUUUAAAAAUGAAGAAGAUGUCAGGGCAUAUUUGAAAAAUAUUUAUACUGAAUACAGAUUUGGAUGUGAUAGUGAAAAAAAUGCAAAUGCUUGUCACCUCCUGGGGGAUUAUAUGGAAAGUAUUAGCGGAGAUUUUGAAAAAGCUGGUGAAAUUUAUAAAAGUAAUUGCGAUGAGAGAAAUUGGCCUAGAAGUUGCGCUAAGUAUGGAGGAUAUCUAGGUGUUGGAAAAGGCUGCGAACAAAAUAUGAAUGAAGCAUUUAAAUAUUUGAAAAGAGGAUGUGAGCUAGGUGAUGGUAUUGGUUGUGUACGCGCUGGAAUAUUGGCUUCAUCACCAAAACAUAAAUUGAUGGAUAGUAGAGCGGAUCAAGUUGCUCUGGGGAUGAGCAUGUUGUCCAAAGGCUGUUAUGAGCAUAACAGAGAAGAAGGCUGCUUUUAUUUGUCUGGUAUUUAUCUAGGAGGACUAAAGGCUGAAGUUGAGCCGAAUCUUACGGAAGCUUACAAAUUAUCAAUAAAGUCCUGCGAAGCGGGUAAUCCUUACGCGUGUGCCAAUUUAUCACAAAUGCAUGCCCGUGGAGAAGGUGCAGAAAAAAAUGAAUCAUUAGCUGAAGCAUUUAGAGAACGAUCGGUGGUACUUCAUCGUGAACUUAAAAAAGCCCAAAAACAAAUUGAAUUUGGGCAGGGUAUCCAAAUGUAAAUAUCAUUCAUCAUGUAGAAGUAUUAUUUUAAUGAUAUCAGCAUUAAAACCUAAAGUUUCAAUGUCUUUACAGUCAGUCGAAAUAAGUUAAUUUCAGAUCAAUAUUUCUGUUUAUAUCCGGUGACUAAAGAUAUUCGCAAUUUAAACUCUAAUGACAGUUCUGACUGUGAUUAAGUUUUAUAAUAAUUAGCAUAAAUAAUAAAUAAUAUUUAUAGUUUCUGCUUAAUUAUAAAUUAAAAAUGACAAUUCUGACACUGCUGAUACUGAAACUUUAAGUUCCAAUGCAGAUAAUCGUGAAAAAUAUUGUGUGUAACUCAGGACGAAACUUGAUUUCAAAUUGUGGGUACUAUUUUUAUAAUAUAUUGUGUAACAAGGGAUGAAACAAAACUAUUUCAGACCAGGGUGAAGGCUGACAUCACCCAGAGUCUGAAAUCUUAUUUCAUUCUGAGUAACACACAAUAUUUUUCAUGAUUACCUGGAACUUAAAGUUUCAGUAUCAGCAGGCAGUCAGAAACAAGUUAAUUUAACACCAACUAUUAGCAUAAGCGUAAAUUGUCAUUUGUAAUUUAUGAUUAAGCAGAAACUAUAAAUACUAUUUAUUAUUCUUACUAAUUUUUAUAAAACUUAAUCACAAAAUCAGAACUGUCAUUUACGUAAAUAAAAUUACUAUUAAAAAAAUGAAGUAUCAGAGUUUCAAUUGCAGAAAAUUUCAGUCAGCGGGCAGAAACACAAAUAUUUCUGCCCGCAAAUUGAAGGCGUUCACAAUUAACGCGUUUGCUAAAAUUAAUUCGCGGCAUUGGACUGAAAUUCGUUUGUUCCUAAUGGUUCUAUAAACACUGAAACUUGCAGUUUCAAUGCAGGUAUCAUGAAAAAUAAUUUUAUUGUGUAAUAAUUAUUUUAAAAACAUUAAUAUUUAAUGUUAUACUAGCUUGUUAAUAAAUUAUCAAAGAAAAUAUUCAAUUAAAGUGUCUAGAAAUAUUAUUAUUAUUUUUAUUUUAUCGCGAUAUUAUUUUAAGUACUGAUUUUUUAUCAGCAGAUAAUUUAUGAGUCUAGAGAAUAAUAUUUUAAAAUUAAGUCACCUAAGAGUUUGGUAUACAGGUAAAAUUUAAUGGAAUAAAACCGGUCUAGCAUCAUCAAUCAUCCCAUCUACAGUUGAACAAUGGACCUUGGGUAAACCAAUACCUAACAUAGUGAUUGUCUCAUUUUUUUCCCCUCUCUAAGUUUAUCCCUUCCAAGUUUUUAACUCACCUUCUCCCACUAUAAUCAGCAUAAAAAAAAGAAAAAGGAAUACACUGUGCAGCUCACAUACGAGAGAAAGUACACCGCGGUUUUACAUCGAUCACAAGAGGACAUUCUGUAGGAUCGUACUAAUCAUGUAUUCAUCACUAAUGUCUGCCUUUGUCGCUUGCUGCAUACUUUUGUCUUACAUAUCUGCCACUGAAGCUGCUUGCAAAGCAAAAUCAUGUUUAGGUGUAACGAUUUACUAUGAAUCUCUCUGCGGUGAUAGCAAAAGAUUCAUAAGCGGC